AUGUGGUUGAUUCACACUGGGACUGGCAACCUUCGCGAAUUCGUCGUAGACGAGAGGCCCAAGGAGUAUGCCAUCCUCUCACACUGCUGGACUAACAAUGAAGUCUCCCAUAAACAAUACCAGAGUCAGACUCACCGAGAUGGUUAUGGCUUCAACAAAAUCCAGAACUGCUGCCGACUCGCCUCAGAUCAAGGCAUAGAGUGGCUCUGGGUCGACACCUGCUGCAUAGAUAAGACGAGCAGUUCCGAGCUUGCGGAAGCCAUCAACUCCAUGUUCUCCUGGUAUGAAGGAGCGUCAGUGUGCUUCGUUCUCUUGCCGGACUACGACAGCACUGCUUCGACUUGUGAAAACAACCUCACAAGAUUCUCCACCAACCAGUCCAGAUCCAGGCAAACGAAGCUGCACGAUAGCAAGUGGUUCACGAGGGGUUGGACAUUACAGGAACUUUUGGCACCUACAAAGAUAUUGUUCUACGACCGAAACUGUGUCCUCUUCGGAUGCAAGCGAUGCUUGGGACCACUGCUCUCUGCAAUCACGAAGAUCGAUCUCGAAUACUUGACUAAGCGGAAGCCGUUGCACUUUGCUAGUAUCGCGUGCCGCAUGAGUUGGGCAUCUGCACGCUCGACAACACGAAUCGAAGACACUGCCUACGCUCUCCUCGGCAUCUUCAAUGUCAACAUGUCACUCCGUUACGGCGAGGGGAUCAGAGCCUUCGCGCGUCUCCAGGAACUGAUCUUGCAGAGGUCAGACGAUGACUCUCUGUUCGCCUGGAGAUCGACGGUUCGUCAAGAUCGAUACGGCCUCUUCGCCGAACAUCCUGUCGACUUUGCCUUCUCUGCGAACGUGGUGCCUAUCCGCCGUCGCUCAUUCCCACACACGGUGACUGGGCGAGGAGUCGAGCUUUUCGCGCCA